CCCGCUAGUCCCGGCGGAACGAGGAGGGGGGCGCGUGCGCGAGUUAGCGGCUGGGGGCGGAGAGAGGACGAGCUGAGGACUGCUGGACAGUCAGUCGGGGAAUGGCGCGUGCGCUGCUGCUGCUGUUGCCGCUGCUUCUGGCAGGACUGCAGCGAGCUCUGACUCUCAGCCUGCCUUCGACCCCCGCGCAGUCUUGGAGCCUGUCCCGCCGAGAAGGUACUGAGGAGCCAUGCCCACCCUCAAAGUUCCCGUGUGGCCGUGGCAUCUGCAUCCCCUCUGAGUGGCUGUGCGACGGUGACAAGGACUGCUUAGAUGGCAGAGAUGAAACUUCCUGCCGAGUAGAGUCUUGUGCCCAGGGGGAGGAGCGGUGCCCUUCUGAGACGUGUUCCCCUCUCAGAUGUGAGGGACCCCAGUGUGUUGACCUGUGGAUUGAAGCCAGCUGUCCCCCACCUCCCUGCCUGGCUGAAUAUCGAUUUUGUGAUGGAAUCAACGAUUGUCCCAAUGGCACAGAUGAACGGCUUGUGGACUGUAGGAAGCGCCGUUCAAAGAUGCCCUCACUGGGGUGUGCCAGGCAAGGGUUCCAGUGUGCCCCAGGGGUAUGCAUUCCACAUGCAUGGGUGUGUGAUGGGCACCCAGACUGUGCCAGCGGCAUUGACGAACAUCAUUGUGGGACAACAGGAACUCCCUCCAAUCAGGCUGCCACUUUAGCUGAGUCUGUCACUCCAGGUGCUGUCCCUUCAGGAAAUCAGAUUACCACUGGGGUAACAAUGGCCACUGGGGCAACAGGAGCUGCCACCUUAGCUGUGUCUCCCAUCCCAGGUAAUGGGAGUGCUGUCCCUUCAGGAACUCUGAGCAUCAAUGGGAUAACUGUGACCACCGGGGUGACACAAGCUCCUGAGGACCAGAACACCACUCCAGGUCGUGGAAGCCUCACACCUUCGGAAAGACGAAGCGCGUAUGGCCUGGUCAUGGCAGCAGCCGCCCUAAGUGGAAUUCUGGCUGCCGCCUGUCUGCUUGUGUGUUGCCAGACCUGGGCCCAAGUCCGGUGGCGCCUCCUCCCCCAACCAAACCUGGUGGAAGUUGUGAAGGAUUCUCUGCUGAUGCCUGAGAGGACACCGUCAUCCUCAAUCUGAGGGCCAGCUCCCGUGGCCUCCAGGACUGCUCGUCCAUUUGUGAAAGUGGCCCAGGCUGUCCUGGGGCCAAACUGAGUCCUCCAGGAGGAGGAGAAGCAAAGAGGGAGAGAGGCUGUUAACUACAGAGGACUCUUCCCCAUGGCCUCCAUCACAAGCUACCUCUCUGUUGAAGGCAGCAGACAGGCCCUGACCUCGUUGCCUUUUUCUACCACCCUGGGAGGCCCUGCAUCCGGCACCCCUUGGAUAAGGCCGGAUGGGUGUGAGUCCUGAUUCUUUGCAACAUCCUGCCUCCUACGGGGGUAGGAGUGGGAAUUGGCUGCAGGCUCCAGAGGUAGUCACACGCCCAAUCACUCCCUCAUGCAGCUGGUUUCAGGGCCAGUGCUCUUUGUUGGGCAAGGCUGGGGUCCCUGGUAUCAGCCACCAGCCCGGCCUGGUGGCUCAGGGGUAAGACACUCCGUUCAGCUCCCACAUGGGCUACAGGUGAGGAGGAGGACAGCCCAACACUUAAGGUGAUCGACAUUUUAGUGAUUAAAAUGAUUUCCCAAAAUUUAAAA